AUGACAAAAGAUGGUGAAGAUCUUGAAAAAUUUCUCAAGAAUGUGGAUGAGAUAAGCGAGCUGGUGAGAGAUAUGAGGUCGCCCAGCGCGGCGCUCCAGCAGACAGCGAUGGAGAGAGCGGACGCCCUAAUCUCCUCUCUGAAGGAUGAGGGACCCUGCAAAACCCGACACAACAGGACCGCCAUCAACGCCAAACGCCCAGCCAACGGUGCCCACAGUCCCAACGCAGAGGAUUUUGUGAGGAUCAUGGAGCAGGAUGCGGAGGACAGACGGAAGAGGAGGAAGGAAAACGAAGAGCUGGCAAGUGCGCUGAAGGCGAAGGGGAACGAGGCGUACGCGUGCGGGGACUAUGAGACGGCGGUGCGGCUGUACAGCGAGGGCCUGGAGAAGCUGCGGGACAUGCAGACCCUCUACACAAACCGGGCACAGGCUUAUAUUAAGCUACAGAAGUACAAGGAGGCCAUUGCUGACUGUGAUUGGGCGCUCAGGUGUGACGAGAAGAGCAUCAAGGCCCUCGUUCAUAAGGGCCGGGCGAAUCUGGGCCUGAGGAAUUACGCAGAGGCCCGCGCGUGCUAUCGUCAGAUAUUGGAUAUCGAGCCUGGACGAGCUACCAUGGUAAAAGACUACCUGACCCAGGUGGACGUGAAGGAGAGGAGGGCGUGGCAGGAGAGGAGGGCGUGGGAGGAGUUUGAGGAGGGAGAGGAGAAGGCUGUGGCCGUUCACCGUGUGCUGGAGAAGCUGAAGAAACCAGACCAGAUCAACCUGUACUACUGCGGUGGGCUGGAGCUCCUGGCCCACACCAUCACAGACAGCUCCAGCCAGGCCUUAUUCAGGCUGAACAACGGCUUCAGUGUGGUGACCGGCAAUGGCGCGGUGAAGAGCUGUCUCUCGCAGAGCUGGGCCGAGCCCUCCGCCCGGGAUCUGUGUGUGAGCGUGAUCUCGCUGUGGAAUGCUGUCUGCAGGGGAAACGAGCAGAACCAGGAGCUGCUGCUGCGGUGCGGCCUGGCGAGGGGGAGUGUCGUCAGCCUGCUGGCGUCAGAAAGCGCUGAGGCGCGGAGCGCCUGCCUGACGCUGCUGCAUUCGUACGCGCAGACUGAACACGGACGGCGUCUGCUCAUCCGGCACCUGGACCUGAACGCGUUGUUCAGGAACUUGAUGAAGGGCGUAUCUGACGAGAAAUCCAAUGAAGCAACUCUGCUAGCUAUUCUGGAGCACCUGGCAGCAGAAGACCAGUUUAGAGCUCAGUUAAGAGGAAACUUUGUAACCUCCUUUGUGCCCCCUUUUGUAAAACUUCUGAGAAAUAUCACUUCAUCCAAUCAGAGUGUGCUUCUGUCACUCAUGUCAGUCAUGAGCGCUAUGACCUCUGAUGAUGUCAUCUGCCGGGAGACCGCCUCUGAACAGGAAUGCUGGGAAGCGUUUCUUGUUGCCAUGGAGCAGUGUGCUUGUUGCGGGGACAAUGAUGUCCUCAGUGCACUGCUGCUUGCCAUGAUUAAGCUCUCUGUGAACCCCUCCCCGACCAUCCAGGGCUAUGCUGUUCGCAUAAGCAGCAGGUGCUUGGCCCAGCUCAGCCAUCCCAGUGGAGACAUUAUCACUAGGAGUUCAGGGCUGCUGAGCGUGCUCCUCCCUCAGAGCUCGGAGGCUGUGCAGGACGCCGUACAGAGCGGGGUGGUGAAGAAAAUGCUGAAGCUGCUAAAGGGGGCGGGGCAGACCACGACGCGGUACUGCAUGAAGACCCUGGCGGUGUGCACCGCGGCCAGCCAGCAGGCUCGGGAGCAGCUGGUCAAACUGGACAAGAGGCUGCACACUCUGUGCAGGCUGCUGGCUGCAGGGGAGCAGGUCUCGGUGGGGAAUGCUGCUCUGUGUCUGGGACACUGCCUCACUGUGGGGGGGACGGCCACCUCCCUGCUGGGGACAGACGUGGUGCUGCUGCUGCUCCGCCACGCAGCAGGGGAUGGAGAGAAAGCCGCUGUGCGGGAGAAUGCUGCCAUCACUCUGGGGAAGCUGUGUACUGCGGAGCCCAGACACGUGGUGAAGCUCAGAGAACUCCAUGGCCUGGAAAUUCUUCACUCCUGCAUGAAACUGUCUGACCUGAAACAAGGAGGACUUACAAAACAAAGUGAAGACUUAAGACCAAAAAACAGGAUGUGACA